AUGCCAGCUUCCGUUAAAGUGAAGAUAUUCGCAGCUCGAAAUCUUCCAGUUAUGGAUCGCACCUCUUUCCUAACAGACGCGUUCGUCGAAGUUCGUCUGGGGAACACAAUGUUUAAAACUGAGGUUAUUCGUCGAACCCUCAAUCCGGAUUUUAAUUCUGAUUGGUUUUGUUUCGAACUCUCUGAAGAAUCUCUUCAAGAGGAAUUUCUCCAAGUUCGAGUUCUUGAUCAUGAUACCUACAGUGCCCAUGACACUAUAGGCAGGGUCUACUUCGAUCUAAGACCACUACUGCAAACCGAGCAGAAACGAAAUCUCAGUGGUUGGUUUCCUCUAUUCGACACCAUGCAUGGAAUUCGUGGUGAGAUUCGUCUGGCUGUUCGUGUAGAUCUCUUUUCUGAUGUAUGUAGGCAUCGAUUCUCAUCCCUCGGUGUUCGAUUCUUUUUUAGUAAGUCGUGGUUUUACUAUGUUCCACCAAAAAAGGCACGGAUUUGA